AGUGCAUUAAUUUCUUCUCUGCAGCUGCUGCGUCACACUGAACUCUCUGACUGAUCAUGGACAGCAAGUACAGCACAGGCAAGAUGCCCAACUCUGGAACAAACAUUACAAACAACAAUGAGCUGAGGAUCGUGAUGGUGGGGAAGACUGGGAUUGGGAAGAGUGCUACUGGAAACACCAUUCUGGGUCAAAAAUACUUUGAUUCCAAAUGCAGCCCCACUUCCAUGACUGUAAACUGCUCCAAAGGCUCCAGUGAUAUUGAUGGACAGCAGGUUGCUGUCAUUGAUACUCCAGGUCUGUUUGACACCAGGUUUGGAGAAGAUAAAACAACCAAAGAUCUUAGUCAGUGCAUCUGUUACGCUUCUCCUGGACCCCACAUCUUCCUGGUGGUUGUUGCAAUCGGCAGAUUCACAGCAGAAGAAAAACAAUCAGUGCAAAAGAUCCAAGAAAUGUUUGGAGAGGCAGCAGACAGAUACAGCAUGGUUCUGUUUACUCGUGGAGAUGAUCUUGAUGAUACCACCAUUGAGGAUUAUUUGUCUGAAAACCAGGAGCUGCAGGAUCUGGUGUCCAGAUGUAACGGCCAGUAUCAUGUCUUCAACAACAAGCUGAAAGAUAAGAAACCUCAGGUCACUGAGCUGCUGAAGAAGAUCAGAACCAUUGUUGACAGGAAUGGAGGAAGUCACUACACCAAUAAGAUGUUCCAAGAGGUAGAGAGGGAAAUCGAAGAGGAGAAACAACGAAUCCUGAAGGAGAAAGAAGAGAAAUUACGUAAAGACAAAGAAGAACUGGAGAGAAAAAUAAAAGAAAAGUAUGAUGAAGAAAUUCAGAGAAUGUUUGAACAAUUCCAGGCUGAGACAAAGAGGGAGAAGAGAAAUGAGAGAAAAGAGAUGAAGAGGAGAGAAAAAAGGAGAGGGAAAGGAUUGAGGUGGAGAGACAGAGAGAGUUUGCAGCCCUGAAGGAAAAGCAAGAGA